AUGCAAUUAGCCUUUCUGGACUUUGAAAUCGCUUUCGACUCUCCUCUUCUCAAUAGAAGCCGUCUUCUCAAUGCGCUCAGCGCCGAUAGAGUACAAGGAAAAUUAGUUCGCUUGCUUGAUAACAUGAACGAACGAACAACUGCUGCAGUUCGAACACCAGCUGGAUGUACAACACCUUUUGAGCUUUUCAAUGGAGUAAAACAAGGGGUAGUGGCAAGACCCUUCCUGUUCAACUAUGCUAUCGAUGACAUGAUGUCAGAAACAGUCGAUAACAUCAGCAUCAGAACAGUCGGUCAGUGUCCAUCAGGGUGCCCCUUCACUGAUCUCGAGUACGCUGACGAUGCUGUUAUAUUCGCGGAAAGCAGUACGAAACUUCAACAUGUUGUCAACUUUGUAUCGAAGCUGGCUGCGGCCUACGGACUACGUUGA